UCCCGUGAUGACUCUCUUUGUUUCAGUUUAAAAAGAAGAGAGGAAAAGAGGUCUGUCAGAGACCACCGCCACCUUCUCUCCAGCAAUGCAGCUGGAGAUUCCCGAAGCUCCGCCGCCCGAACCGUAAAAAAAACCCGACCCGACUCCAGAAACCGCCACUUAAUCCGCAAUGCCUCCGGCGCAGAAUCUCAAGCACCAGGUCUUCACUUGCCUCACGAAGCUCUCGGACCGUGACACUCACUCUCUGGCCGCGACGGAGCUCGAGUCCAUCGCCCGGAGUCUUGACCCGACCACCGUGCCGACUUUCCUCUCAUGCAUCCACGCCACCGACGCCUCCGACAAGUCGCCGGUGAGGAAGCAAUGCGUGCACCUAAUCGCCGUACUCUCCGAAAUCCACGGCGACGCGCUGGCGCCGCACCUGUCGAAGAUGCUCGGAAACAUCACCAAGCGCCUCCGCGACCCCGACUCCGCCGUCCGAUCCGCCUGCCAGAACGCCGUCGCGUCGCUCUCCUGCCACGUCACCAAGCCGCCGUUCAGCUCGUUCUCGAAGCCGCUGGCCGAAGCGCUGUUCACGGAGCAGGACGUGAACUCGCAGAUCGGCGCGGCGCUCUGCCUGGCCGCGGCGAUCGACGCCGCGGCAGACCCCGAGCCGGCGAGGCUGGCGAAGCUGUUGCCGAAGUUCGAGAGGUUACUGAAGAGUGACAGCUUUAAGGCCAAGCCGGCGCUGUUGACGCUGAUCGGAAGUGUGAUCGGCUCCGGCGGCGCGUCUAGUCAGGGAGCUCUGAGGAAUUUGGUUCCGUGCUUAGUGAACUUCCUCAGCUCCGAUGACUGGGCGGCGAGGAAGGCAGCGGCUGAAGGCUUGGUGAAGCUGGCGGUGGCUGAGAGAGACUCGUUGUCUGAAUUCAAAGCUGGCUCUUUGAGAACUUUCGAGAGUCGGAAAUUUGAUAAGGUGAAGAGUGUUAGGGAGGUUAUGAAUCAGAUGAUGGAGGCUUGGAAGCAGAUUCCUGAUCUCUCCGACGAGGCUUCUCCGCCGCCGGCGGAUUCAAAUGCUUCUUCUAGAGGUCCAGAGAAUGCAAGUGAUGGAUGGUAUCCGGAUGGACCUAGAAUUUGUGGUGCUUCUGGUGUUGAAGCUCCUCAGUUGAAGAAUAGACACAGCUUGGCUAACAGAUCAACUCCGCCUGACAGUUCUUAUGCUACCACUGCUAGAAAGAGAAGCACUUUCAAUAGUAAUGAGAAGAAGAUUUCAUCUAUGUUUCGAAAGCCAGACCAUUUAGAUAUGGAAGUUGAGAUUGCUGCUAAUAAUGCUGCCGGUGCUUGCUGUGAUGACUAUGAGGGGGAUGAAAAUGUGCCAGAAAGGAUCGAUGAAAAGACUAGACCUUCAAAGCCGGAAACAAGACGGGCUUUAUUCCAAAAGAGUUCUGAUAACAAAAUGCACAGAUUUGGAGGGUCGAGGACUGGAUCUCGUGUUGCUCCAUAUCAUGAGGAGAAUUCAGAAUCUACAGUUGUUGUCAGUAAUGCUACGGAGGAUAUCCAUAAGAACCACAGAGAAUGUGAGGAUUUGUCCUUGAUCCGCAGUCAACUUGUGCAGAUUGAACAGCAGCAGUCCAAUUUAUUCGAUCUCCUGCAGAGAUUCAUUGGUAGCUCACAAAGCGGAAUGCAUUCCCUGGAGACGCGCGUACAUGGGUUAGAGCUAGCUCUGGAUGAGAUCUCCUAUGAUUUGGCUUUGUCAAGCGGAAGGAUGACUAAUCUCGAGUCACGUGGAAAAACUUGUUGCUUGCUACCUGGUGCUGACUUUUGGAGCUCCAAGUUCUGGAAGAAAACAGAAGGCAGGUAUUCAACCUCAAGGUUGAAUAAUACCAGGGCUGCAUCUGUAGAAGCCAUGCGGUACAGAGCUGAUAACAGGGGCAAUGUUGAAACAUCGAACCGUAGGUUUUGGCUUCAAGAUAGGAGUGGGUUCAUUGUUAACCCUUUGGCAGAAAUUCCGACCAACUCAAGAGGUAUAUCAGAGGUUGCACGUCACUAGCCAGUUGAAUUAGCAGAUCUGCACCAUCAAACAAGGCCAUAUGAAGGCAGUGUGAAUGUGGUACAACGAGUAUUACUACACAAGUAUUCUAUUUCAUACGACUUGCAGAAGAUACCAAAUAUGUGAAACUAUCAAGUACAGCUUUUACUGUUCAAUUUGUUCGUGGUGGUAGCAAGAUUCAAAGUAAUCAGAUUUGUCAGCGAUAUACAAAUGCCGCGAUCUUGGUAUAGAGGAUUUAACGUGUAUAGAGGAUUUAGUAGGGCUUUCAUUCUCAUUAGCUGGGAAUUUGUUUCGUAUGUGGAUUCUUUGUUAUUAUUAUCACUGGCCAUGAAAGUAUUAUUAAGAUC